UCUAGUGUGUGACUGAGUCUGGGUGAGGGAGCGGGAUGUGUAUGUGAGCUGUCGGGGUGAGGCGGAGGCUAGAGAAGGGGGCUCCCUCGGGAACGAGGGACAAAGCGGGAGGUCAGGCCACCCAGGCCGCCGAGCCUGGGCGCCGAGCCGGGCUACUGGGUAGAGGAAGGGCCCGCGCAGUCCUCCCGGGGCCCCAGAGCCGGAGUCGGCCCCUCAGGCUCGGGCGCUCGGCUUCCUGCUUCCUUGCGGUCCCGGGCUCGCGGGCCUGAAGAUCGGCUCGGCGCGGGUGGGCGGCGGCGGCGAGCAGACUCGAGUUGCUGCGGGUGUCUCGCUCCUUCCACCGCCGAGGAACUCUCAUUUCUUCCCUUGCUCCUUCCCUCCCCCCCACCUCAUGUAGGAGGGCGCUGAGGAGGCGAGAGGGAGGAGGAGCCUGGCCUGCGGUCCCUUCCCUCCCCACCCCCUCGUAGGGGUUCCUUGGUGGGCGUGGAGUCGGGGUCGGGGGGGGAGGGUGGGGCCUUUUGGAGUGCUGGGGAACUUUUUCCCCUUCUUCAGGCUCGGGAAAAGGGAAUGCCCAAUUCCGAGAGACAUGGGGGUAAGAAGGACGGGAGCGGAGGAGCUUCUGGAACUUCGCAGCCGUCAUCGGGAGGUGGCAGCUCCAACAGCAGGGAGCGUCACCGCUUGGUGUCGAAGCACAAGCGGCAUAAGUCCAAGCACUCCAAAGAUACGGGGUUGGUGACCCCCGAAGCAGCAUCUUUGGGUACAGUAAUCAAACCUUUGGUGGAGUAUGAUGACAUCAGCUCGGAUUCAGACACCUUCUCGGAUGACAUGUCCUUCAAAUUAGACAGGAGGGAAAAUGAUGAGCGUCGUGGAACGGAUCGGAGUGACCGCCUGCACAGACAUCGUCACCACCAGCACCGGCGGUCUCGAGACUUGCUAAGAACUAAACAGACUGAGAAAGAAAAAAACCAGGAAGUCUCCAAAUCUGGGUCCACGAAGGACCGGAUAUCAGGAAGUUCAAAGCGUUCAGCGGAGGGGAGUGAUGACUAUGGGAAGGCACAAGUAUCCAAAAGCAGCAGCAAGGAAUCCAGGUCAUCCAAACUCCACAAGGAGAAGACCCGGAAAGAACGUGAGUUGAAGUCCGGGCACAAGGACCGGAGUAAAAGUCAUCGGAAAAGGGAAACACCCAAAAGUUACAAAACGGUGGAUAGCCCCAAACGGAGAUCCAGGAGUCCGCAUAGGAAAUGGUCUGACAGUUCCAAGCAAGAUGACAGCCCUUCAGGAGCGUCUUAUGGCCAAGACUACGACCUUAGCCCCCCAAGGUCUCACACUUCUAGCAAUUAUGACUCUUACAAGAAGAGUCCUGGGAGUACCUCAAGAAGGCAGUCUGUCAGCCCACCUUACAAAGAGCCUUCUGCUUACCAGUCCAGCGCUCGCUCACCCAGCCCCUACAGUAGACGACAGAGGUCUGUGAGUCCCUAUAGCCGGAGACGGUCAUCCAGCUACGAAAGGAGCGGCUCUUACAGCGGGAGAUCACCCAGUCCCUACGGUCGAAGGCGAUCUAGCAGCCCUUUCCUGAGCAAGAGGUCUCUGAGUCGGAGUCCGAUCCCCAGUAGGAAAUCCAUCAAGUCCAGAAGCAGAAGUCCUGCAUAUUCAAGACACUCAUCUUCUCAUAGUAAAAAGAAGAGAUCCGGGUCAUGCAGCCGUCAUUCCAGUAUCUCACCUGUCAGGCUUCCAUUGAAUUCCAGCUUGGGAGCUGAACUCAGUAGAAAAAAGAAGGAAAGAGCAGCUGCUGCAGCAGCAGCAAAAAUGGAUGGAAAAGAUUCCAAGGGUUCACCCAUCACUCUGACUAAAAAAGAUAAAGUUGAGGUGAAGGAGUCAGGGUUAGAGUCUAAAAAGUUACCCAGAGGUAUAAAGUCAGAAAAAUCUAUCCCAGAUACUGAACUGAUAAAUGUAGCACAUUCAAACACAGAGGUAAAAAAUUGUUUAGAUGCAGGGAAAGUUAAGUUGGAUGAGAACCUGCAGAAGCAUCCUGUUCUUAAGGAUUUGAAAGCUCAGGGAGUAAAAGACACUAAACCUGUAGCACUGAAGGAGGCGAUUGUUACUUCUAAGGAGACAGAGACAUCAGAAAAGGAGGCCCUUCCACCUCUCCCCACAAUUACUUCUCCACCUCCUUUACCAUCUACUACCCCUCCACCUCAGGCACCCCCUUUGCCACCUUUGCCUCCACUACCAGCUAUUCCACUGCAGCCACCUCUGCCUCCUCCCCAACCACCAUCUAGUCAAGCUCCUGUUUCUAGUGCUUCAACUUUGCCCUCUUCUCCCCACCCAAGGACAUCUACUCUGUGCUCUCAGACAAAUUCUCAGCCCUCUGUACAGGUUUCUGUGAAGACUCAAGUAUCUGUAACAGCUGCUAUUCCACAUCUGAAAACUUCAACAUUGCCUCCUCUGCCCCUCCCUCCCUUGUUACCUGGAGAUGAUGAUAUGGAUAGUCCAAAAGAAAUGGUUCCAUCAAAGCCUGCAAAGAAAGAGAAGGAGCAGAGAACUCGCCACCUACUCACAGAUUUGCCUCUUCCUCCUGAGCUACCAGGUGGAGAUCCAUCUCCCCCAGAUUCUCCAGAGCCAAAGGUGAUUACACCUCCUCAACAACCGUAUAAAAAGAGACCAAAAAUUUGUUGUCCUCGUUAUGGAGAAAGAAGACAAACAGAAAGUGAUUGGGGGAAGCGAUGUGUGGAUAAAUUUGACAUUAUUGGGAUUAUUGGAGAAGGAACGUAUGGUCAAGUAUAUAAAGCCAAGGACAAAGACACAGGAGAACUAGUAGCUCUGAAGAAGGUUCGACUAGAUAAUGAGAAAGAAGGCUUCCCAAUCACAGCCAUUCGAGAGAUCAAAAUCCUUCGUCAGUUAGUACAUCGAAGUGUUGUUAACAUGAAGGAAAUUGUUACAGACAAACAAGAUGCACUGGAUUUCAAGAAAGACAAAGGUGCCUUUUACCUUGUAUUUGAAUAUAUGGACCAUGACUUAAUGGGACUACUAGAAUCCGGUUUGGUGCAUUUUUCUGAGGACCAUAUCAAGUCAUUCAUGAAACAGCUAAUGGAAGGAUUGGAUUACUGUCACAAAAAGAAUUUCCUCCAUCGGGAUAUUAAAUGUUCUAAUAUUUUGCUGAAUAACAGUGGGCAAAUCAAACUAGCAGAUUUUGGACUUGCUCGGCUAUAUAACUCUGAAGAAAGUCGCCCUUACACAAACAAAGUUAUUACUUUGUGGUAUCGACCUCCAGAACUGCUACUGGGAGAGGAGAGAUACACACCAGCCAUUGAUGUUUGGAGCUGUGGAUGUAUCCUUGGGGAACUGUUCACAAAGAAACCUAUUUUUCAAGCCAAUUUGGAACUGGCUCAGCUAGAACUGAUCAGUCGUCUCUGUGGUAGCCCUUGUCCUGCAGUGUGGCCUGAUGUUAUCAAGCUGCCCUACUUCAACACCAUGAAACCGAAGAAGCAAUAUAGGAGACGUCUAAGAGAAGAAUUCUCUUUUAUUCCUUCAGCAGCUCUUGAUUUAUUGGACCACAUGCUGACACUUGAUCCUAGCAAGCGUUGCACAGCUGAACAAACCCUGCAGAGUGACUUCCUUAAAGAUGUGGAACUCAGCAAAAUGGCACCUCCAGAUCUACCUCACUGGCAGGAUUGCCAUGAAUUGUGGAGUAAGAAACGUCGACGCCAGCGACAAAGUGGUAUGGUAAUAGAAGAGCCACCUCCGCCCAAAGCUUCUCGGAAAGAAACUACCUCAGGGACAACAGUUGAGCCUGUGAAGAACAGUAGCCCAGCACCACCUCAGCCUGCUCCUGUCAAGGCAGAGCCUGGUCCUGGGGAUGCAGUAGGUCUUGGUGACAUCACACAGCAGCUGAAUCAAAGUGAAUUGGCAGUCUUAUUAAACCUGCUACAGAGCCAAACUGACCUGAGCAUCCCUCAAAUGGCACAGCUGCUUAAUAUCCACUCCAACCCAGAGAUGCAACAGCAGCUGGAAGCCUUGAAUCAAUCUAUUAAUGCACUGACUGAAGCCAGUUCCCAGCAGCAGGACUCAGAAUCCAUAGCCCCAGAGGAAUCAUUGAAGGAGGUACCCUCUGUAUCAGUGGUCAUGCCUUCAGCAGAACAGACAACUCCUGAAGCUUCGAAUACACCAGCUGACAUGCAGAAUAUGUUGGCAGUUCUCUUGAGUCAGCUGAUGAAAACCCAAGAGCCAGCAGGUAACCUGGAGGAAAACACCAGUGACAAGAAUAGUGGGCCACAGGGGCCCCGAAGAACUCCUACAAUGCCACAGGAGGAGGCAGCAGCAUGUCCUCCUCACAUUCUUCCACCAGAGAAGAGGCCCCCUGAGCCCCCUGGACCUCCACCGCCGCCACCUCCACCCCCUCUGGUUGAAGGCGAUCUUUCCAGCGCCCCCCAGGAGUUGAAUCCCGCCGUGACAGCCGCCUUGCUGCAACUUUUGUCCCAGCCUGAAGCAGAGCCUCCUGGCCACCUGCCACAUGAGCACCAGGCCUUGAGACCAAUGGAGUACUCCACCCGAUCCCAUCCAAACAGGACUUAUGGAAACACUGAUGGGCCUGAAGCAGGUUUCAGUGCUGCUGACACUGAUGAACGCAGUUCUGGUCCAGCCUUGACAGAAUCUUUGGUCCAGACCUUGGUGAAGAACAGGACCUUUUCAGGCUCUGUGAGCCACCUUGGGGAGUCCAACAGUUACCAGGGCACAGGGUCAGUGCAGUUCCCAGGGGACCAGGACCUUCGUUUUGCCAGGGUACCAUUAGCAUUACACUCAGUGGUUGGGCAACCAUUCCUGAAGUCUGAGGGAAAUGGCAACUCUGUGGUACAUACAGAGACCAAAUUGCAAAACUAUGGGGAGCUGGGUCCAGGAGCCACUGGGGCCAACAGCUCAGGAGCAACUCUUCAGUGGGUGGGCCCAGCUCAGUCUUCUGCUUAUGGAAAACUCUACCGGGGGGCUGCAAGAGUCCCACCUCGAGGGGGAAGAGGGAGAGGAGUUCCUUAUUAACCCAGAGACAUCAUUGCCCUUAAAAAUUCCUUCCCUAUCCAUCUUUCCAUCUAGUCCUCUGACCCUUUAAUCUCUUGCCAGAGCAAGGUAAUCAUCUGUAUUUGGCUACUGCAAGGAUGUCCAUUGUUUUCCUUGCUCACUUGCUACUAGCAGGCGACUCAAUGAUCUUGGCACCAGUUCCUCCUGGAUGGGCAAUAGCCAGAAUAUUUACUUCUGCUUUAUGUAGGAGCUAUAGUAGAAAAUAUGGAGAAAAAGAGACAUUUGGUUGAAAAGUAAUUGUUGCAUUAGCUUAUUGCCUGCCCUUGAGCAGAAGAGAGAGGACAGUUUUGUUUUGAGAUGGCUCUGGAGAGGCUUUGGGUUUCAAAAAUAUUUUUGUUUUGUUUUUGUUUUUUCUCUCUGUAUGUGUGUGUAUGUGUUUGUGUGUGGUUUCUUUUGAACUUUUAUUUAGUUUUCCACCCCACCUUUAAAGAGAAUAGUAUUCACAAGAUCUGAGCUCCUCUUAGGCUUUUUGUAGAAGGGAAACAGUGGCUUCAAUGUUUCCUUUCUCUACCAUCUCCCAUUUUUGCUUCAGUUGAGCAUCUCGUACAUACCUUUUCCAAAUAAAUUACUCAUCCUUAAGUUUGCUCAAUUUUGCCCUCUUCCUGCACUUAAAGCAGGCUGUAGAAAGUGGCAUUCUUGGGCAAGAAGGGAGACUGUACCCAAUUUUUGCUUUUUGCUUACUUUUUUCUCCUUUCUCCUUGCCUUUUUGUCCCCCCCUUUUUCCUUCCACUAUGUUCUUGCCCCUAUUCCUUUAUCUUUUUGAGGCAUUUGUUUGAUAGAAAACAUAGUAGAGAUGCCCAAGAACCUGGAAUGAUUCUUUUCUUUCUUUUUUCUUUUCUUUCUUUUUUUUUUAAAUAAAGGAAAGGAAAUUCAAACUCCUACAUUGUUCUCUGUAACUCUUCAAUUCUAAAAUUUUCGUUUUGUUUUUUAAGCCAUGUUAUGAUGGGGAGGUUGAUUUGUAAAUGAUAGUACAUUGCUGCUGAGCUGCUGGAUAGAGAUGGUCCCUCCAUACCUAGAAGGAUAAUAAGAUCAAUAAGCAUGUUGUUUACAUGUAUAUUUUUAUGUUUUUUUUUUAAGCCUUUCAAACAGAGCCUUGUGUUAUUGUCAGAGAAAAUCCUGGAAAUACAUGGAUAUAUAGCCUAGCUUAGGGUGUAUAUCUGAAGAUAUAUCAAUUUCUGAUACCUUUAAAGAAAACGCUUUAAGCAGCUUACCAUGAGAAAGAACAGUAUUGAUAAGUAUACAUCACAGCAUGUAUAGCCUACCAUUUCUUAUAGAGAACAUUUUGAUUGUGGUAAAGGGUAUAAAGUAUGAUUUCCUGACAAGAACCUUGCCUUAUCAAAACAAAACAUGGAAGAGAGAAAGGAUCUUAGUGAGAUUACUUGAGAGGCUUCUCAUUAUGGCUUCCAUUUCUUCCAUCAGCAUCUGGAGUAUUUUAAAAACAUAUAUGUCAUAUAUUGAUCUGCACAGACUUGGGAGUUUGUGAACUGUAGGUUAAGCUUCCUUUUACAGAGAAAAGCAAACAUACUUGAGCAUUUUGGAGAAUAGUUUUCAGAAUUCAAGUGAAAUUUCAUGUUUCAAUACCAAGUUCUUAAGUUAAAAAAUAUAUUUAGAAAGAUGUAUUAAUUUUUAAAAAACAAUUAAAGAGGUGAAAGAACCCUCUUCAGCUACAUAAAAACUAUUUUCCCCUGUUACUGAAAUAAAUACCAGUGUGUAUAUUUCUUUAUUUUCUGUGUUUUGGUAUGGCUUUGCCACAGGGCCAAACACUAAUAGUAAGUGAACCUUCUAGCCAUUUGGCUUUGAUAGCUUUUUUAUGCCAGGAUGUCUGUUUAGAUAUCCUAGGAAUACUGAGAUGCUAUCCAUAGAUUGCAUUAAAGUUUUAUCUGUACUUUCAUUCUGCUACUAGUUAGUCCUCAGAAAUGGGCCUUAUUUUAGGAUAUUUUAUUAUAAGGUGUUGAACCCCAGUCCCCUAUUUUUGAUUAAAGAAACUGAGCAGGGAUACUUUCUAAAGUAUCUAUUCAGUGAAAAAAAAAAUUGUUUUCCCAUCAAAUAUGAAUAAAUUUCUCUAUAUAUUUUCAUUGUAUUUUGGUUAUAGAUAGUCAUCAAUAAUGUUUUCCCUUCCCAUCUGCCACUAUAUUUUUAAUUAUGCCAAAUAGUCUAAAUAAUUUACGUAAACUUCCAUUUCCCCAUCCCUGCUAGGGAAGGGGUUGAGUAUGUGAAUGUGUGUAUAUGUAUGUAUGCUCUCAUUUCACCCCCACCUCAUUUUGGAAGUGUAAACUAUAAAAAAUAUUUUUAUAAUAAUUUUGACUACUUCUGAAAGCAAAGGAAAAUAACUCAUUUAAAUAUCCUGAAAUCUAUGGAGGACGAAAAGGUAUUUGGUCAUUUUUCAGCUACACUAUAUAUAAAUAUAAUGAAAGUAAAAUUCUGGCUUAAUUUUCAACCCAACUGGUUAAAAAGUAGAAACCUAGUUAAUUCCAUUCAAAAGUGGUUUGGGUUUUAACUAUUAUAGCAUUAUUAAACACAUUAUUUUGAACAGACGAGAAAUCUGAUUUUGCUCAUGAAUAAGAGACAAAAUUGGCUUGACCAUGAUCAUUUUUUUGUAUGUAGUUUUAAAAGCACAUGCUUAACCCAGUUUCCUUAUUUUUUUCUAUCUCUCUAUAUGGAUAAGGAUUCACAAAUAACAUAAGAGAUAUGUAUUUAAAACAGGGCAAUUAGCACAAGUUUGUAUGUAGUACUUUUGUUAGCUUAUGCCAUAAUCACCACCCAACAUGUGUAUGUGUGUAUGUGUGUGUGUAUAAUAUGCGUAUAUAGGUACAGUGCUAAAGUGGUUACCAGCAGGUUUUGAGAGAGAAUGGUGCAUUGGAAAAGUGUCAGUUGCCACCUCAUUCUCCCUGAUUUAUAGGUUCCUGACACUGUAUUCCUUUCUCUCUCUUGUUUUUGACCCCCAUUGGGUGUACCUUGUCUAUGUACAGAUAUUUUGUAAUAUAUUAAUUUUUUCUUUCAGUUUAUAAAGAUGGAAAGUGGAGAUUGGAAAAUUAAAUAUUUCCUGUUAAUAUACCACUUUUGCUCCAUUGCAUUUACUUCUAAUUUCUGUACCCUUUGAGCAUAUCUAAUCGUAUAUGAAGGACAUUUUUUCCUUUAUGUUAUGGGUUCUCAAUUUCGGAAGACUCAUAAACUACCAAAACAAAAGAAAAAUUCUCAGGGUUUGGAGAGGUACUUGAGAAUACUAGAGUAAAAACUAAAGAAUUAAAAAUUUAGUUAAGGGAAUCCAUAAGAACAUGAAUUUAAAAAAAAAAAAAAGUAGAAAACGGAUGGUAGUAUGAAGCCAUCAAGAGUUGAGCUUCAUGUACCCUGACUCCUCCUGGCAGGAGAGGUAAGUGGGUUUGAGCUCAACAGUCAUCAAAAGAAGCUGGUAAGAAGCUGUUUAGACCUAAAGGAUACUCUGAAACCAGGAUCUCCACCAUUUCACCCAGUCUGGUUUCCAGUCUUAUAGAAGAGGAUCAGCAUGGGGGUUAAUGUAUUCAGCAACCUUUGUGAUUUCCUAACAGCAGUAUACAAGAAAUGAAGCAGAGCUGUUUAAAGGUUAAAGUCUAUAUUAUUCUUAAGAUCUUUCCCAACUCUACCAGAGGGGAAAAUUGUUUUCGUUCUGCUUAUAAUUUAAAACAUUAAGAAGUCCCUGACUAUACGUGCUGCAGUCUAGCUAGGAAAAAGGCAAUAAAAUCUAUCAGGAAAAAGGAAGAGGAAAAAAUGUCUGAACUUUGUAUGUGGGAUGAGUAAGUUUUAGAAGUGUAAGUGGCACCCAGGCCAUGGUAAAUGAAGGAUUAAAAGCUGCUGCUGAGGAUUGAUGACUUGAGCUAAAUUUCUCUGGUUUUGGUAUCCUUUGCCUAAGGCAAAAUCAUACUUUUUUGACCCUGAAGGAGAAUGGAGAGCUCAAAAUAUUUCCAAUUCCAAGAAUUUUGUUAGUAGUCUCUACAGAGACAGUGACUUGGUUUUAGGUCAUUAUGCAUUGCAUAUCUGUGACUAGAUGUGAAUUUCCAUCUACCAGAGUGUGUUGUUUCUGUUUUAUAACAGUGGCUGUCUUAAUUCUGUGUCUAAAGACAGAGGACUAGCCUGUACUUUUUUUCUCUUCGUGCACAAAACCAUUCCAUGUAGAAAGCCUUUUCAGUACCCAAAUAUCUUUAGCACUCUUCUCCCGGAUACACACCCUUAAUUUUAAAAAGGCUAAUGCCUAUAGUAAGUUAACACUGUUUUUCAUUGUAAACUAGGGGUUCUUUUAUUUGAAAAUUGUCCAACCCCUCCAUUGGAUUUUAUAAAUUUACUGGGUGACUUUUCACAGUUUAGUAAUUCUGAAGGGCUAGGUGGAAUGAGAAUGAGGAGUUCCUUAGUGAAGAAAUAGCCUACCAUUUCAAGGAGAGACAGUCUGCUGAGUAUUUUAGUUGGCCUGAGAGGUAAGGUGAGCAUUCAUGGACACUAAUUGAUUCUGUUGUCUGACUAGGUUUUCUCAUAUGUGAGAACACCUCCCAAAUGUUUCUACAGCCUUAGACUACUCAGGUAGGGGAUUCCUCUAGCCAAGGUUGGAAGAUAACCUUUGGGAAUCAUUGGUGCUAUCUGCUCUACCCCUCCUCACUGGGUAACUGUCAUCCUAUCUACCUACUUCCUUUCCUUUUCUUCUCCUUACCUUUUUUUCUGUCCCACUCAGGAUCCUACUAGGAUGAUUUAAGUCUACCAUAAUUACUAAUGACUUAACUCUGCUGGGUAUUUAGAGUUAUUACCAUUUCAUGGUUUUUGAAAUUUUUCCAAAUAAUUAAGAGAACAAGUAUCUAGAUCUUUAGCUUCUGGAGUGAGAUUUAAAGAGCAAAAAUAACCAUGCUUUCUCACUGCAAAGGUAUGAAAGGAACUUCUGUGUUAUGUUUCAGUAAUCUUGCUUCUACUCUUUGUCUCCCUCAUCCUUAGGGUAUUGCUUUUGCUGGUGACAUUUCUAAGUUCAGUUGUAGAUGAUAUAUAUGGGGAAUAAAGCUUGUUGAGAAGAAGGCUAUCAUACCGAGUAGAAAGCAAAUACAGGCUCUGGUGAUUAUCACUAGGGUGCCAAAAUAUUUUGACCACUAGGUUGCUCUCACAUCUUUUAUCUAAAAUUAGUAAUCCAGUACUGAGAAAGACUGAUGUAAAGUUAGUCUUUCAUAAUCUUUAGAUAGGUGAUUGUUGGUGAAGCUUUCUUAUUACACAGUUCUCAACUUCAACAUACUUUUCUGAAUUAAGGAUAUAGGCACAAACUUCACUUAGAUGUACCCUUAAGACAUGGAAAUAAAUGAAUUUUUUAAAGAUAA